CACUAUUCCUCUCUCUCUCUAGGUUGAUGAUGUAUCAGUUAAAGGUUUUCUUCAAUCCGACGUCGUUAGAUUAUUACGUUUGUCAGGGAGCUCAGUUAAACUGGUCAUAUCACGUCAAGAAGUUGUAGAGUCACAGCAAGACGAGUUUCUUGAUUCUUCCGAGUCUCCUGUUGUGUCUUCAUCAGCUAAUAAAGUAGUGAUGGCGUUUGAUAUUCAUCUUGAUAAUGGCUUGGCUGGUCUUGGAGUCACAGUUCAUGGGAGAUGCAGUAGCAGCAGGAGACAGCAGUCCAGCGAUAUGGGGAUUUAUAUCAAGUCAAUUGUACCUGGAGGAGCUGCUGCUAAAGAUGGUCGUUUGAAGAUCAAUGAUCAGUUGAUCUCAGUCAACUCUCAGUCAGUGACUAACAUGAGCAACAGGGACGCAAUGGAAGCACUUAAGAAAGAGCUGAGACAAGCAGAGCCCGACACAAAAAUAUCAAGCAUUAAAUUGACUAUAGGACGUACAACUGGUCCCAAUAGUAGGAAGCACCAGUCAGGAGGAGCUAGCUAUACAUCACAGAUGCCAGCACUACAAGAAGAGGAGAGACCACCGCCUGAUGGAGGGCAGACCAAUGAGAUUGGUAUUGACUGCCCUGAUGACGUAAAGGUCAGUGCUGUGUUGUCACAAGAGUUAGACCUUGGGGAGUCAUUUGACAACCAGUCGGGAGCUGUUCAUGAUGAUUUAAUGUUAUCCCGUAGUUCCAACGGUUCCCUCAGCAGCAGUAAUGGUGGAUGUAGAUUUGAUUCUUCUCUUGAAUACCCUGGCUCUAAUUAUUACCAGCCGAUGACAACAGCUGGGAGCAGUACCGCUACUAAUAAUUACGAGCUGGAAGUUGGAGGAGGAGGAGGAGCAAGGGGCUCAGAAUAUGUUCCUGAAACCAGUCAUUCAAGAUCCGGCCCUUCGUCUCAAAUAAAAACGACAGGAGGUGGAGGGGGGAAUUCUUACAGCUACAGGGAGAAUUCUCUUGAUCGAGCCAUGCUUAAGAAGAAGCAGCCGUUAGCCCAGAAGCUCUCCGGGGGCUGGUUGAGCACUGGAGGAGAAGGAAAUGAACCACUUCAUAAACUGAGACAUAACUCACCGAUGAGACAAGACUCACUAUCUCCUACUAAUGAAAGGUCUCCCUGGCCCAUGUCAAGUGGUCCUGAUCGUUCUAAGAACUCUCACUCUCCCUCUUCCUCCUCUCUCUCCGCUUACCCUCGCUCCGCCAGCGUCCACAGUGAGCUCUCAGCCUCGGGCAGUUUCAAGUCGCAUCAUGUAUCCCACCACACCCUCUCCUUCUCUUCUCACGCUCACGACAACUCAAAGUAUAGCAGCUCAGGAAACCUCUCUUCCUCACAACGUAGCUCUAGGGACAGCAGUAAUGGCUUUAGGAGAAUCGCAUCCCCUCCAUAUGAUACACUAAAACCAGCCGGUAAAGGGAGCAACAGAAGUGCUGAUCAUCACAUUGAGUCUCAUACCCUCCCAAGAAUGACCAGCAGUGGCAAGUACACCAUCAAUGAAAGAGAUCCCAGUGCAUAUAAUGACUGUACAAGCCUGGCCUCCUUUUCAUCGGACACUGACAUUGGGAACUUUCAAAGAGAUGAUGCUGCCAGGAGAUCGAUACCUAAAAAUUCAGCUAAACCUCAGCCGAACCUCAAACAUGUUCCAUUGGCUAAUGUUGUCCCAUUGGUGGAUGGUGAGGGCUCACCCAGCCCUCCUCCUCUUUAUAGAGUAGGAUCUGACAGUGACAUUACAACUGCUUUCUCCACCUACAACAAUCAGUCCGGGAUGCUGGACGGAGUUGAAGUUGGUCCUAAUCUAAGGAUGGUGAAGAGUAGCUCAUUGGAGUCCCUGCAGACAGUUAUGCAUCACACUAUUAAUGCUGAUGGUGCUAGAGGAUUACGGAGUCGUGGCAGCACUAGAAACUCAUUCAGGAGAGCUGUAGAUCGCUCAUAUGCUGAUGAACAUAAUGAUAAUUCAAACACAGUCAUCAGUUUAACCAAAAGCCCAAAGAAGAAAUUGUCCAGAAAGAGUUUGAUUGACAUAUUAAAGCCAAAGAAAUCAUCGAAAUCCAAGAAAGUAAAAAAGUCUCGUUCUCGCACGAUGAGCUCCAUUGACAUUGACCUCUCUGAGGACAGCAUGGACAAUCUGGCAAAAGAGUUUGGGAUAUCAAUGGAUACCAUAAAACGAAUGCAGAGUCACUCGGGUAAACUGGAGGGAGAUGAUGAGAGAGGAGCAGCUGCCAUUGAGAGAGAGAGGAGGAGGACUACGGCCAUUGAGAGAAGAGACGAUCAUUUAUUUGCAUCACAUAACACAAGAGCUUUAUAGUCUUGAUUUGUUGUUGUUUUUUGUUUUUGUUUUUAUUUUUUAAUCAGGCACAUAAAUAUUUAUAAUUGACACAAAAAUUAUUUUUAACUCUUGUUUUUUUUUUGUUGUUGUUAAUGUUGGUUUGAUAUGUUGUUUUGGCAGAGAUUUUUAAUAAAAAAUAACAUUUUAA